AUGACGGUUGCUCUCAUGAGGCUCCUCACGGUGCUCACUGCCGCGGCAGUUGUGCGUGGCCACGCCGUUAUGGAGGUUCCCACACCUCGUCGUGCCGGUUCAGCCUAUACAGAACGUUGCGGUAACACCUAUGCGGAGUUCAUGGAAACGGGUGAGCACGCCUCUUAUCGCCACAAGUUGCUGCUCGAUGUGUCCAAGCAGGAUCCCACGUUCGGGCGCAGAUAG